CAUAUUGGCGAAAAUCUCUCUUCUCUCUCCUAUUCUUUUCUCUGUGAGCCUGACCUUGUGCUGCAAGCGCUGCUUUUCCCUUUUAAAACUUUGGAUCCCUACAGACUGGGCCCUUCUUUCAAGUACACCAAAUAUAUGUGUUUUGCCCCUUCUUAUCUUACUCUGCUAAAGCUGAUUGAUACAGAGAAAUCGGACAGCCGUGUUGUAUUGUGUGAGUAACACGCUACACGCAGAGCCCCACAGACACAUUUAUGGUGAGAAGCCUCCAGCUGUUUCCAUUUUGAUUUAAACACCUGCCUUAAAAUCUGUGGCCAUAUGCUCCCUGCUUUUUCUACUCGCCCGCUCCCCCGGGUUCCACAGGAAUAUUAAUUACCACAUAGAUUGCUCCUGUAUGAGUGUAACAUUGUAUUCUACAUCACCUCCUAAUGAAAGCCCAUAUCAAGCAGCAUAUACACUGACAUGUUUAGGAACAAAGGGGAAGUCAAUGAGCGUUAGACGCAUAUAAAAUGUGCACGCUGCUUGACUAAUUGGCAGUUGGUUUAGACUAGAGGCAUAUGUAUGCAUGAAAAUCAGUGCAGCCUGUAUCUAAAUAAAUGACUGAGUGUAUGUGGCCAGCUCCUGCUUCUCUCAAUCUCUUAUUUUUCUCUUGUUCGCAGGCCCUACUGGAGACGGCUCUUCGCAGAGUGGUGCUGCCCAUGUCCAUACUGGUUCUACCAUCAUUAUGUCUGCACUUGAAAAGACAUCUCUGCUGCGCUCAUACCCAAGACUGCUCCUCCCCGUGUAUAGCCUCGUGUGCCUUUGGACUGGCUCUUCCUUUAGCCAUCAGUCUCUUCCCACAUAUGUCAGAGUCCAUCAACCUGCCACCAGGCAUCAUGCUGAGAGGGGCACAAUCGUUGCACAUACAGCAAGAAAACACGGCUAUCCGGCACUCGGAGGAAUCGACAGGACCAAAAGAAUACGUAAAAAAAUAGGUCUUUAUUGAUCAAAGUUAAAAGUAUUCAUGAAUUUCCAUGGGCCCUACGCAUUUCGUACUCCCGAGGUACUUACUCAUGGGCUGAGCAACCAAUCCGUGAAUAGGUUUUUUUUCAGCCAGCUGAAGGCAAAGGAAUGGAAUCUGGAAACAUCUGAUUGGUUGCCAUGGAUUUGCUGAGUGUGAUUCAUUAUAUUGCAGUAAGCUGGAAGUGCAUAAUAAAACUGACACUUUUGUAAGGCCUGAGUCAUAUUGUCCAUGGGUAUUGCCCGAAUGUGGCUGAGUGGCCUGUUAUACUCUCCAUUUGCCCUGGGCCUAAAUUGGCCUUUAAAAUGCUAGUAGUAAUCCCUUUAUUUCCUCAGCAGGCUUACAGGCACUCUCAUGGUUCAGAUCAGUCCAAGGUUGUCCACUAUCAGCUGAUUUGGAUAAAUAGACACAACUCACAUGUUGGACACACUCCAGCCUCUGUAUCUCAAUCUCCCAGCAUCCAGACCCAUACAAACAA